UCCCAGUCUACUCCAGAUCGUUGCUCUGUGCGCGCUGCCCUGGGAGUAAGUGGCUGCUGACUUGCGCACAGUAAUGAAGUGCUAGGGCUGCUGUUGUCCGACAGCUUGGAACUUAGCCAGCCGGUUCUCUCAGGCUGGCACGUGCUGGGCAUUGGGAACUUUUGACUUCUUCUUUGGAGUGAUAAACUAGAUGACCCCCGCCCCCACCUCUCGACCCCUACGGGUUAGGGAAACGUUCAGCAGAAAACCAGGACUUAUAUUAAACACUGGACCAUCUUCUCCUAGGAAGUAGGGUCAUUCCCCCUCCCAAAUUAGCCAUGGCACUGCCUCCACCUUCUGCCAAUGACUCCUGCACUUCCGAAAAGACUUUCUAAUUGUGGCUCCCAACUCUGUUCUGUUAGGAAAUCCGUGGGUUGCAUGUAACGCGCGCUCUCUCUCUUGCUCUCUCUCUGGCUCUCCCUCUCUCUUUCUCUCUCUCUCUCUCUCACACACACACACACGCUCCCUUUAUCUGGAGACGCACCAAUAGCCAUUUAAUGGGUGAAAAAGUUAGAGAUUAAACCAAUAUGAGCGAUCAUAGCUGUUCAUAGCAGUGCCCUGUUCAGCACAGAGUGGAGCCCAGUGAAAAUCUCUGCAGGCAUGGAGUCGGUAAAACAAAGGAUUUUGACCCCCGGCAAAGAGGGAAUGAAGAAUUUUGCUGGGAAAUCUCUCGGUCAGCUCUACAGAGUCCUAGAGAAGAAACAGAAGCCUGGGGACAACAUCGAACUGACAGAAGAUGGGAAACCCCUGGAAGCGCCCGUUAAGAAAGCCCCAAUGUGCGACUGUGCCUGCUUUGGGCUCCCCCGGAGGUACAUCAUUGCCAUCAUGAGUGGACUGGGAUUCUGCAUCUCUUUUGGAAUCCGUUGUAAUUUGGGAGUAGCCAUCGUGGAUAUGGUCAAUAACAGCACCAUACACCGAGGAGGAAAAAUUAUUAAAGAGAAAGCGAAGUUUAAUUGGGACCCUGAAACAGUUGGCAUGAUCCAUGGCUCUUUUUUCUGGGGAUAUAUAGUCACUCAAAUCCCUGGGGGAUAUAUAGCAUCCAGACUAGCAGCUAACAGGGUGUUUGGGGCUGCUAUAUUGCUGACCGCCACACUGAAUAUGCUAAUACCAUCUGCUGCUAAGGUGCAUUAUGGGUGUGUCAUCUUUGUCCGGAUCUUGCAGGGCCUUGUAGAGGGUGUCACUUAUCCUGCCUGCCAUGGGAUAUGGAGCAAGUGGGCCCCUCCUUUAGAAAGAAGUAGGCUAGUAACCACUUCUUUUUGUGGUUCCUAUGCAGGAGCUGUUAUUGCAAUGCCUUUAGCUGGGAUUCUAGUGCAAUAUACUGGAUGGUCUUCUGUGUUUUAUGUGUAUGGGAGCUUUGGGAUGGUCUGGUAUAUGUUUUGGCUUUUGGUGUCAUAUGAGAGUCCUGCAAAGCACCCAACGAUCACAGACGAAGAGCGCAAAUACAUAGAGGAGAGCAUUGGAGAGAGUGCCAACCUCCUAGGUGCAAUGGAAAAAUACAAGACUCCAUGGAAAAAAUUUUUUACUUCUAUGCCUGUCUAUGCAAUAAUUGUUGCAAACUUCUGUAGAAGCUGGACUUUUUAUUUGCUGCUUAUUAGUCAGCCUGCUUACUUUGAAGAGGUGUUUGGGUUUGAAAUAAGCAAGGUGGGUAUGUUAUCUGCUGUGCCGCAUUUAGUGAUGACCAUUAUUGUGCCUAUCGGGGGACAGAUUGCAGAUUUCCUAAGAAGCAGGCAAAUUCUUUCAACCACUACCGUGAGAAAGAUAAUGAAUUGUGGAGGUUUUGGUAUGGAAGCAACUCUUCUUCUGGUGGUGGGGUAUUCUCAUAGUAAAGGAAUGGCUAUUUCAUUCUUAGUACUCGCUGUGGGCUUCAGUGGAUUCGCCAUAUCCGGAUUCAAUGUCAACCAUUUAGAUAUAGCCCCAAGAUAUGCCAGCAUCUUAAUGGGAAUUUCUAAUGGAGUUGGGACAUUGUCUGGAAUGGUUUGCCCUAUAAUUGUUGGAGCAAUGACGAAGCACAAGACACGUGAAGAAUGGCAGUAUGUCUUCCUUAUUGCUGCUUUAGUGCAUUAUGCAGGAGUUAUAUUCUAUGGCAUAUUUGCUUCAGGAGAGAAACAACCUUGGGCUGACCCUGAACAGACAAGUGAAGAGAAAUGUGGUUUCAUUCAUGAAGAUGAACUUGAUGAAGAGACAGGGGACAUUACUCAGAAUUACGUAAAUUAUGGUACCACUAAGUCUUAUGGUGCUACGACCCAGGUCAAUGGUGGUUGGCCAAAUGGGUGGGAGAAGAAAGAAGAAUUUGUACAAGAGGAAGUCCAAGACUCAUUCAGCCAUAGGGAAAGAGAAGAUUAUUCAUAACAAAUCUCAAUAUUGGAUAUAUUUUGUAGUGUUUGUGAUUAAAUUCAUUGUGAUUGUUUGCACACAAAGAAUGUGGUAUAAA